GCGUCCUAGAGCCUCACGCAGACGUCGGGUCACGUGGUCCACGUUGCGGAAGGGGCGGGGCUUACUUUUUAUGUCUCCGACUUGCUUUUAGUGGGGAUUUUGAAUCAAAGAGAUUUGAAGGAUCCAUAUCCCUUCACAUGAGCCUGGGAAAGUCGAGCCGAAAAAACAGGGAGAAGAAUUCUGGUAAGAGGUCUAUCCUCGUUAGCUAUUCAGCAACUGCAUCUGAGCACGCGCCGGAAAGCUGCGCACGCGCACGAUCGGUGACUGCCUCGGCGUGCAGACACCGGCGCCAACGGUCUGCCUGGAGGCGCGCUCCGCGAGAAGCUGAGGCCGUAGGAUGGCGGGUACCGGGCUCGUGGCUGGGGAGGCAGUGGUGGACGCCCUGCCAUACUUCGAUCAGGGUUACGAAGCUCCUGGCGUGCGGGAAGCGGCUGCUGCCUUGGUAGAGGAGGAAACACGUCGGUACCGGCCAACCAAGAACUAUCUGAGCUACCUGCCUGCUCCGGAUUACUCGGCCUUUGAGACUGACAUUAUGAGAAAUGAAUUUGAAAGAUUGGCUGCCCGGCAACCAAUUGAAUUGCUUAGCAUGAAACGAUAUGAACUUCCAGCUCCCUCCUCUGGGCAGAAAAAUGAUAUCACCGCAUGGCAGGAAUGUGUAAACAAUUCAAUGGCCCAAUUGGAGCAUCAGGCAGUUCGCAUUGAAAACCUUGAGUUGAUGUCACAACAUGGUUGCAAUGCCUGGAAGGUAUAUAAUGAAAAUCUGGUUCAUAUGAUUGAACAAGCCCAGAAGGAGCUGCAGAAGUUAAGAAAACAUAUUCAGGACUUAAACUGGCAGAGGAAAAACAUGCAACUCACUGCUGGGUCUAAAUUACGAGAAAUGGAGUCGACCUGGGUCUCCCUCGUCAGUAAAAAUUAUGAAAUUGAACGGACUAUUGUACAGCUAGAAAAUGAAAUCUUCCAAAUCAAGCAACAGCAUGGGGAGGCAAACAAAGAAAACAUCCAGCAGGAUUUCUGAAAAAAUGGACUUUAGGGAAGGGAGAGAAGGGCAUCUUAGGAAUUCUUAAGGCAUCAGGAAGUUGAAUGAUCCUCAAAUUAUGGUAAGAACUUGCUGAGGGAGUGUAAUGACUUGAGUAGCCUGGCUGAAUGCUUAGGAGUAUAAUGGAAACUUAGAAACUCUGCAGACUGUGUGAAUUAAUGGUUGUUUGUACUAUAUUUAAUUCUAUUUGUAUAUUUCUUUGAUAAAUAAAUUUUUACCUUGAAAAAAUUUUGAUAACUUGAACUUGAGUGGGAAUUUUAAUAAUGCCUUUGGUUUUUAUAUCACAGUAUCUCUAAGUAUACAUACCACUUC